UAGGUACCAGGCGAAUGGAUUAUAUUUCUACUGGUCUGGAGACUAAUCCCAAAAUCGAGGAUGAUUCAACAUCUAAACAAAUUCUUGAGUAUUAUAGGAAAUAUUCACAAAACCAAGCAUUAACUAAAUAUUUCUCCGGCACUCCACUAUCAUAUCUCCCAGAGAUCAAAGAUGAUUAUGUGUUCAAUGAAUUACCGGAUUCUGAUAUUCCUAAUAUUAUUAUUGAAAGUGAUGUUGAUAUCAUUUUGGUAACAAAUCCCAGUACAUCAAAAGAAAAUGAACAAUCUGCUUCAUCUCCUACUAGUAGUGUAAAUCAUAAAUUGGAAUGGGACAGUCUAGCAGAUAUUGGCUAUACAAAUACCAACAUUACAAAACAAUUUCAUAUCAGCAAUUGUUUAUUCCCUUCAUUAUCUGAAAAGAAAGAUGAGACUCAGAAAUAUAAAAAUACUCCAUCUGAUGGUAUGGAUAAUAUAAAGUUAAUUAUUUUUCCUUAUUCAAGUGGUUCAGAAGAGGUUGAAAAUCUCAAGGAUUAUUCCUCCUCAUCCUCAUUUCCAGAGGAUAAAAAGAUGUGUUCUUCAACCUGCUCAAAUACAAGUAUAUAUAGUAUGAAUAUUCAAAAACCAUGUACCUCUAGUUCCCAGUCAACAUCAUCUGAGAAAAUAUCCCAUUUCAAGAACACACUAUCAUAUUUGAAGAAAAAAAUUGGAUUACCAGAUGCCCAUUCAACACCAAAUAUUGAUGAAAAACAUAAUGAUGAUUUUACUGGUAUUUCUGAAACACCAAUUGCUAAACAAAUUGAGAAACCAAUCAAAAAUAUAUUGACCAAUGAAGAUUACUAUGGAAGCUUUGAUAUUCUUGAAAAUGAACCUGGAGAUGGUCACUUACACAAUAUAACACAACUACAAGAACAAGGAAGUGAUGGAGUAAAUACUGUGGUCAAAAGAGUUAUUAAUCUGUGUCAAACUGAACCACUUGCAUUAGAAUGCAUACCAACUCAACCUAAAUUUGAAAAUAAAAAUAUGCAAACUAAAUCCAAGUAUCAAAUUAAUGUAGCUGUCCAAACUCUGCCCAGUUCAGAAAAAAAUAAAGGGAGAACUGCAAAUCAGGCUCAACAAAAUGUUAAUCAAUGUCUUAUGCAUGAAAAUCAUUCUGAAACUAAUAAGAUCAAUCUCAAAAGUACAGGAACUGGUUCUGAAAUAUCACAUUCUGACAGUUUCAAUCCCAUAAAGAAGGAUCCAUUGAAAUUUGGUUCUGAAAUAGAUGUCCAUGUAAACAAGGUGGAAUUAUCCAAUGAUGUUGGAAAUAAUGGUGAUGAGAAUAGCAAUAACAAAAACAAUAAUAUAGAUAUUGAUUAUUGCCAGAUUUCUUCAGAAGAUAUUCAUAUGGCUAAUGCAAUUGUUUCCAGUACUAUUGAAAACCCAAGUGAUUACAUUGAAAAAUAUAUUCAUCUGUUCCAGAGGCUUCUUAGAUCUAAGAAAUAUGAUUCAGUAACAAAGAAACAUUACUUGAAGAAAAUUAUCAAGAAAAUUACUGAAUCAAAAUAUCUUGAAGAGUCAAGUACAAGUUCUGAUUUGUUCCUCCCAAAAAAAUAUAAUUCAAAUUCUCAAACUCUUCCUAAUGUCAAAUUUGCUACCAGCACUGACUCUACUGAAGAAAAAUCAUUGAGAAAUAAUAGUUCAAAAUGUAUUACCAGUGAAGGAAAGUUGCACAAAAAGAGAACAUUUCAAAUAAAAUCUUCUCAUCAGGAUAUCAUGCCAAAUGCAUCUAUCCCCAUGAAUGAAAUAUCAAAUUCUGAUGAUAUUGUAGGAGUUGAUGUAGAAAGUGUAAAUAAUUCAAUCAUUCAUACUAAUAAGGAAUCAUUCAAUGAUAAUCAAAGUACAGAUAAGUUGGAACAAAAAUCUAACCAUUUUUAUUCAGACACUGUGAGCUCUAAUGUGAGCAAAGACAAACAACAAUAUGGUUCUACUUCCACUUCAAAAUCAUACAAGAAUUGGAAGGAUAACAAGACUAUUUCUGAAAAAAUUCUUGACCAAAUUAAUUUACCAAGUUGUGAUGGUGACUACUUGAUCAAAGUUGCAAAUGAGGAUAGAAACUACCAAGUUAACUGCAUUGAAACAAAAAUGAACAAAUUAGUAAAUUCAAGCAGAUCAUCAGAAAAACAACCAGUUGAACUGUUGACCAUGAAGAGUCAGAAAAUGGUGCCAAAGACUACUUCAGCUUAUACUGUAUCUGAGAAAAGUGACAAUGAGUUGAUAAUGAGAAGAAAUUUUGUCAUCCAGACUAAUUUGGGUGCAGGGUCUUCCAAAAAUAAAUUUUUCUGCUUGGACGGCAGAAAAUAUGUGCUUGAGAAUUCCACCAAUGAAAAUAAAAAUUCAGAAAAAUCAGGGCAAGUGUUUGCUGAUCUAGAAAUUGUUUUAUCUGAUACCACAACCAAUAUUAAAGUUACUACUUCUUGUGAGAAUUGUAAAACUUCCCCAUGUGUUUGCCAAUGCCAAUAUUCCAAAGAUACUGAUCAACCAAGGUCUCACAGAACACAUAGAGAGCUAAGAAAAAAUGUUUGUUACAAAUGCAGUAAACUAUGUUGCAGUUGUUCAUCUACUGAAUCUAAAUCUGGUGAAUGGAUUUGUUCAUUUUGUUGUACAUCUCCAUGUUUGUGUACUGAUAAAUUUAAAGACAAUGAAACAAGAUAUGAAUUUGCAUAUAAAAAAUGCAUGAUUUGUGGGGCUCAUUCAAGUCAUUGUACUCAUGAUGUAAUCCUACAGGAGAAAUGUUUACCUACUAAUUCAGCAAAAGUCAAGGCAAAAAUGAAGAAGACAUCAGAGGGUUCUGCAAAUUCUUCUGUACAAUCCUCAAAAUGUGAAGAUUCUUCCCACAGACAACAAAUCAAUACAGCAGACAGCUUCACCAAAAGUGCUGGAACAGCUACAAUCUCAUCUUUGGGAACCUUGGAUGGAUCACUGAUUAAACUCUUCUCAAACUGUAAAUGCAACCUUAAGACAAGUUGUAAUUGUGGAUUUGUAGACAAAUUAUUGAAACAUUUCAGUAAAGAGGAUUUGGUAAACUUCAAACGAUAUGAAAGUAAAAUUUCGCAAACGGAACAUUGGAAAGAUAAGUCCAGUUGUAAUAAUAUCGGCGUACAAGUACAGGUAUAUACGCAAAACCAAAACUCACAGACAUUCAGUAAUUUGAGCAAUCAGAUUUCUCAGACAUCGAAAUCUCAACGUCAUUCACAAGAUGUUGGGAUCCAAACUUCAGCUAUUGUACCUGUGAAAAUACCACGAAAGACUGAAGUGAUUCAAGUGGGAUCACAAGAUCAAAAUACUUUAACCAAAGCUGAAGAUGUAAGAGUCCAUCAAUUGAAAAACAAUAUCAAUCAGAGAAAUGCAGCCCCGCAAACUUUAUACCGAGAUUUGGAAAUUAUUCAAUCUAUUGAUACAGAACUUGAAGGAAAUAAUAGAAAUGAAGUUGAUGAUUAUACCCAGACGAAUCUUGGGUAUGUUUCUAAUGAUGAUAAAAACGAUGAAGUCACGAAUAUUUCUGGGUCAGAUCAAGAAAUGGGGAACUGUAAAAUAUAUGGGAGAGAAAAGAGACAUAUUACUACAUCUUCAAAUAGUUCUCACAUUUUGGUUCCUCAUUCUAUUGAAAAAUCAUCUGAGAACAUCGAUGGUCAAACCAACAUCGAAAACGCCAAUGCAGGUGGAAAUAAAAGUCCAGAGAAUGAUAUGUAUUUGAAUUUAUCUUCCAUGUCACCCAAUGAAACAUCUUCCGGCAAUACCGUUUCUGAAAAUUCAGCUACAUCUGAUCUCACGUGUAUUUGUUGUAAAAUGAGAACAAAUAUUGAAAACGUUUCUCUGCUGCGAAGCAACAAUCAGGAAUAUCCUCUGUGUCAUCAUUGUCUAGGGAAGAAACCAAUUUUAACUUCCGUAUGCUAUACAGGUCCAGAAAAGGAUGUUGUUAAUGACACAAAUGCCACCAGUGACAGUUUCCGAAGAAUGGAAGAAUAUUGUACUUGCACCAAACAAUCUAAAUCUCAGAAUGGACAUUAUUGUUUUCAUUGUCAGUUCAAAUUGAAGAAGACUGUAAGAAGCCGAAAUGCCAUCGCUUAUACGCUGACUUUAGAAAAUGAGACACCUAGAAAAUUCAAAAGCCAUAAGAAGAAAACGAAGCGGUUAGAGGAAAUCAAGGUGAAAGUACCUUGCCCUUCAAAUAGAAAAACAUUCAAGAAUGAGGAAAAUUCCAGUAAAAGAGAUGUAUAUAGGUUACAUAAACGAGAAAGUUCACUACGUGAAAAUAUUGAGACUGAGAGAAGAGAUAUCGAAAAAUCUACAGGUCAUGUGACUAAGAAUAUCAAGAAGAAUUUGACUUUACAGGAGUACCUCAUGACGAAUAGACCUGAUUUCAUGAAUUCCGCUGAAUAUAGAAGACGCACUGUCGUAACUCAUAAGGUGAAAAGGCAGUUGGACAAAGAGAAAAUUAAAUUAAGGCUUAUUGAAAAUAAUCUACCUGAGAAGGAAGAAAUGCGAGGUAUCACCAGAUUAUUUACUGAAAAAGAGAUGAGAGAUAUAACAAACAAGAAUUAUCAAAAACUACCAGAAGUACAGCACAAGUUGGUCCAAUCCAGAGAACAAAGACUCAGAUAUGCUGAUAAGUUUAUUGUCGGUUUAUUCAAAAAGAACAUACAAGGUAGUGUCUUGAAAGGUAAAAGAAGCUUUCCAUUAAAUACCAAUAUUGUUAAUAUGCAAGCAUAAUACUUACAUCAGUUUCAAUAUUCUUGUUGUUGUAAAAUAUCAUGAAAUAUGUGUUUUUGUUGACCAAAGAAUUUGUAGGUGAUUGAUAUGUUUUGAUAAUUCUAUGAAUAAAUGAUUGAAGAUAAUACC